AUGGACGAAUUACACGAUUACGAAACAAUCACGCUCGAAACCUUUUCAAAGUUGCUUAAAUCAUACAAGGAGCUCGUCCCAAGCAAGCUAGAUGAACUGGAAGAACAGCGUCUCGAAAUCAUUCCGAAAUCACUAUCGGAAAGGACCGACGACGCACAUUUAAAGAAGGCCGAAGUGCAAAAACUGGUAGAUUGGAAACUGUAUGUUGAAAGCGUUGAGGCAUCCUCAUCACGCAAUAUGGAAACUGACCUCUUCUCCAAUCCUUCAGCGNGACAUGGCACUUUCAGACCCUCUUUGCGCAAGCUCGUCGAGUCAAACACAGACGAGACAGUGGAGAACUGCACACGAGAAGCGUUCGAGACUUACGACAAGGACAACGAUCAAUGGGACAAGGCGGUGACGAUGAUGGCCAAGGGGCUUCGUGGCGUAGGGCCCGCAACAGCCUCGCUCCUCCUCAACACUUACGACGGCGACAAAGUGCCGUUCUUCUCGGAUGAAUUGUACCGUUGGGUCAUGUUCUCCGAGGGCAAGGGCAACGGAUGGGACCGAAAGAUCAAGUAUUCGGCAAAGGAAUACCAAGAGUUGUACAGGAGAGUGGAGACGUUACGAGAAAGAUUGGGCAAAGAGAGCGACAAGACGAUCACGUCAGUUCAGGUGGAAAUGGUAGCGUACGUACUAGGACGAAGACAGACCGGGGGAACGAAGAGAAAGGAGAUUGAUGAAGAAGAGAAAGAAGUAGUCGAUGAAGAGGCAAGGAAAGACACGACUAAGAGGAAACGAAGAAGGGUAUAG